CACUCGGGAGCCAUGGGCAUAGGGGUCGAAGGCAGAUACAUUCAAGUAGUACCACCCGAAAGUAACGUGAGCCAGCAAACAGGUGAGGAUGAGACAUCCAGCUUCAUCGCAGUUGCCGACUCCGAAGGGAGGCGGCUGAGUGGCCUUUCAACUAUCAGUCUCUUACAGAAGUCGCCUACGCUUGCAAGUUACAUAGAAUAGAACAUUCACGAUUUUUGAG